UCAUCCCACUCCCCUGCUUCCUCCGAAGCCUACCCUCCCCCGCCUCGUCGGCGCGCCGGCGCCGUGGCACGCAUAAAAUCAGCUUUUUCUCACGCAGUCUCUAUCCGGGCGGGUCGAUCGGGCCGAAACGGCGGGCUCGGCUCCCGGGUCAUCGGCACACUCUUCGGCCCGCGCCGCGGGCACGUGCGCUUCGCCUUCCAGGUCGACCCGCGGGCAGGCCCAGCCUUCCUCGUCGAACUCGCCAUGCCCACCACCUCUCUCGUCAAAGAAAUGGCUUCCGGGCUGGUGCGCAUCGCGCUCGAGUGCGAGCGUGGAGGCGUGAAUAGCGGGCUGAAGUUAGUAGAAGAGCUGACAUGGCGGGCUUACUGCAACGGGAAGAAGUGCGGGUACGCGGUGCGGAGGGAGUGCGGGGCGGCGGAUUGGCGCGUUUUGCGGGCGGUGGAGCCGGUUUCAAUGGGUGCCGGAAUGUUGCCGCCGGCGAAGGAAAGCGGCGAGGGGGAGGGGGAGAUUAUGUACAUGAGGGCGAGGUUUGAGAGGGUGGUGGGGUCCAAGGACUCCGAGGCGUUUUACAUGAUGAAUCCCGACGGCAACGGCGGGCCGGAGUUGAGCAUUUACUUGCUCAGAGCCUGAGAUUGAAGAAGAGAACAAUAUGAAUUGAAUUAUAAUUAGUGGGUCAUUAAGGUUAAUUAAUUUGUAUUAGGCAAUUAAUGGAUCCUUUAAUCUAAUUUAUAUAAUGUUU